AUGUCAAAAUCCUAUUUUCGUCUCGACACCCCAGACAACAUCCGGGACACCGCCCAAGUCCUCGGCUUUGACCUCAUGAACCAGUUCUACCACGGCAACGAGUCCGGCCGAGUCCCCGGCCUCCUCCCCGAUUAUCAUUACUGGUUUUACCAGGGCGGCGUCCUCAUGGACACGCUUAUAGACUACUGGCACUUCAUCGGCGACGACACCUACAACGACAUCGUCACCCAGGGCAUUCUGCACCAAGUUGGCCCUUCCCACAACUUCAUCCCGCGGAACCAGUCGGACAGCAUGGCGAAUGAUGAUCAGUGCGUUUGGAGCCUGGCCGCCAUGUCCGCUUUGGAGUACGGCCUCCCGAGCCCCGGGGGUGAUCAUCCGCAGUGGUUCGACCUCGCCACGAACGUCUUUAAUGACUUGGCUGUCCGCUUUGAUACCGACGGCUCUGAGACAUGCGGUGGCGGUCUGCCAUGGCAGUUCAACAGACUCCAGGGGGGGGGAUUCCAUUACAAAAGUGCAUUUACCAAUGGCUGCUUCUUCGACCUCGCGUCCCGUCUAGCCACGUAUACCGGCAACGAAACGUACGCCGAGUAUGCGGGGAAGACCUGGGACUGGAUGUCCCGCAUCGGACUCAUCGACCCUGAUACGUAUGUCGUCUAUCAAGGCGCCCACACCAACGACAACUGCAGUGACAUUUCGCAUGUUAUUUUCUCGCACGAGGCCGCCAUCUUCACACACGGCGCGGCAUUCAUGUACAACUAUACCAACGGCUCCGACACCUGGAGAAACCGGGUCGAGGGCCUUUCCAGCUCCCUCCUCGACCGGUUCUUCCCCAGCGGCACUCUCGUCGAAAUAGCUUGCGAGGGGAUGCGAAUCUGCGCCCCCGACUUUCCCACCUUCAAGGGCCUCGCCCAUCGCUGGCUUGGCGCCACUCCCCAAGUCGCUCCCUUCGCCGCCGACUCUAUCCGUCCCCUCCUCCGGACGUCGGCGCAGUCUGCUGUUGACCAGUGCACUGGCGGCGAAACGGGCCGACAGUGCGGUUUUUACUGGGAGAGUGGCGAGUUUGUCGCACCUGGUCGUAACGAACUUGAUGGCGCGGCGGAGCAGAUGAGCGGGUUGGCGGCUGUCCUGAGUUUGUUGGCUGACGGGGCUGUCCCCCCGGCUACCGGGAGGCAGCCGAACCAAAUGUCCCGACAUAGGACACCCCCAGUGCCGUCCAUUACUCUGACAUAAUGGCCUCGACUCUCGCCGACG